UCAAAAUCUCGUUGCAGAGCAUGCGAGUUCCUGCACCAAGUUGCACACUGAAGUUAGCGUCUCUGCACCUGGCAUAACUACAAGUUAACCAUGGCAGGAAAGAGGGCAUUAGUAAUCCUGUCCAAAGGUGCAGAGGAGAUGGAGACUGUAAUUCCCGUGGAUAUCAUGCGCAGAGCUGGGAUUGCAGUGACGGUUGCAGGACUGACGGGCAAAGAGCCAGUCCAGUGCAGCAGAAACGUUGUCAUCUGUCCUGAUGCCAGCCUGGAGGAUGCCAGCAAAGAGGGUCCUUAUGAUGUGGUGCUUCUGCCAGGAGGUAUGCCAGGGGCCCAGAAUCUGGCAGAGUCUCCUGCUGUGAAGGAGGUGCUGAAAGAUCAAGAUGGCAGAAAAGGCCUGAUUGCCGCCAUCUGUGCAGGUCCCACUGCUCUUCUGGCACAUGGCAUUGGCUAUGGCAGCACAGUCACUACACAUCCUGCCAUGAAGGAGAAGAUGAUGACUGGAGACCACUAUAAAUAUUCAGAGGCUCGAGUACAGAAGGAUGGACAUUACAUCACCAGCCGUGGGCCAGGAACCAGUUUCGAGUUUGCCCUAACGAUUGUAGAGGAACUUAUGGGGGCUGAGGUUGCAGCUCAAGUCAAGGCUCCUCUUAUGAUGAAAGACUGAAUGUAGCUGUGUUCACUUAUGCUGCGAGUAGCGCUGCCCUGCUAUACAAGUUUGGCACUACUGAGACAACUAAUUCAAUGUAGCUGGCACAAAGAGUCAGAGUCAAAAUUGACAAAUUAUUCUCCCCAAGGCAUAAAGAUGUUUCUUUGCUGACAGGUUUUUGUCUUUCUUACUUGGCAAUGAAAUGCACUCUUGUGUUAAUUAACUCUGAAACACAGUAUGGAUAUGGAUCACUGCACAGGCUGUCCAAAAGAGAUGAAAUUGAUUUUGUUUCAUUUUAGUUUUUCCACAAAUUGCUUGCUCAUUCUUCUAACUGCUUUGUUGUUUCACCUGUCAUUAAAACAUUAAUGUGA